ACUUCAUAGACUUCAAUUGAAAAUGUCUUUUGACUACAAUUACAAAUUUUGGGUAGCAACACAAAACGACCUCGAUGAUAUUUUGAAACGUCAAGAAGUUUACAAAAAGCUUAAACCCAUCGAAGAUAAAUCUGUAACACAUUAUUUAUUUGCAGAGGUUUACGUUCGUUAUGUUCAACUUGUUAAUAAACUCGGUUACAUUUACCAUCAUACUUUUCAAGUUCAAAAAAGGGAUGUUAUAAGACAACUAGUUGAAGCUUCAACACAACGGCUUCUCGAGUUAAAAAAUGAAUUGAAAAAUAUCGAACUUUCUGAAUUUAUCUAUGUUGACAAGACACUAAUUGAAAAACGAUUGACCCCGGAUGAUAUUACAAUAUGGACACCAAAGUAUUUUCCAUACUGGCGCCCAACGAAUGUACAAGAAAUGAUUUAUGGUCCUCGAAAGAACUUAGAUGAAUCAGAAAGAUAUGAAGAAAAUCUAAGACAAGAUGAAGGAAUAACAAAAACAGGAAUAACUAUCAAAAAAGCAAGGAUUGAAAAGGAUUCAAUGUCAAAAGAACAGGAAGAUUCAACCUCAUUGAAAAGAACGGAAAAAACCAAUGCUAGAAUGCGAGAAAAAAUUGAAGUCAAAAUUGAUCCAGUAAAGAAAGAAUUAAUGGAUGCUGUGACUUUAAUUCAAGCUCAUGAACGAGCUCGUGUUGCAAGGGUAUUAUUAACCAAUAUUCGAUACAAUCCAAAAGUGUACAAGCCAAAAAUGCGAGACGACAAAAUGAUCAAAUAUGACUUCACCCACAAUUAUUACACAAAGAAAAAGGAUAUUGGGACAUUCAAUUACUACGCUAAGCCAAUUUCUGCUAAAGUUAAAAGGUUUUCUGAAGAUGAAAUUUCAGCCGAAGAAGAAAAUGACAGUGAAUCAUCUUUGUCAUCAUUUGAUGAAGAUCAAGAGCUUUCAGCACAAGAAGUUGAAUCAGAAAUUGAAGAAUCUUCAUCGUCCGAUGAAAGUAAAUUAUCGGAUUUCGAAAGAGAAUCUGAAAUUGCAAUAAAUUUUGAAGAGUUUGUAGAAAAUUUUAGAAUUCGAUCAGCUCUUAAAAUUCAAACAUUUUGGAGAGGUUAUAGAGAACGUAAAAGAUAUAAAACUUUGUUACAUAAAAAAGCAAUUAUUUACGGAAUGUGUCAAAAUUUUAAACCGAAAUCAAAGAAAAUAAAGUCCUACUUAGAACGAGUUCAGGAAGCAGCAAAACAUAGGUUUCUUAAAGAAAAAUAUGACGAUGAAUUCAUCCAGUUUUGUGAAGAUGAAAGAUCAAGAAUACUUCGAGUUAGGGGGCCAUGGAUUAUGGAAGAUAUAUCUGAUAAUAUUCGGGCAUGGUUUAGAGAAUUCUAUGACAAAUUAGGCACCUUUCAUCCAUAUCCUGAUGAAGUGAAAGGCGGUACUUUAUUAUUAGUUAGAGGUGAAACAAUGAAUGUCUUUGAAUAUCAAGAUAAACUUAAGGAGAAAAUACUAACAAAGGAACAAAAACAAAAGAUUAAGCAAAAAGCCAAAGAAUUGAAGAAAAAACAAAAAGAAAAACUGAAGAAAGAAAAACAAGCAAUUGCUAAGAGAAGAGCCAAAUUAAAGGCUGCUGGAAUAUUUGAUUUGAAAGAUGAAAUGGAAAGGAGCAAAAGUAUUGCUCAAAUCGAAAAUACAAUUGAAAUGUACAAGAAACAAUGGCAAGAUAUUGAUGAAAAGUUAAAUAGAAAUCAUGAACCCAUUAAGAAUUGGAUAACAUCAGAUUAUUAUUCGGAAAUUCACCAGGAACUACAAUUGACAGUAGAUGAACUUAUGAGACUUGAAUUUGAACUUCUACAAAAAGCCUUAGCCAAAGACAUGAAAAAGAAAUACAAAGCUCCUAAGAAGAAAAAACCCAAAGCUAAAAAGGGUAAAAAGAAGAAAGUUGCAAAAGAUCUCACAGCUGAUCGUUCAAUAGAAUCACUAUUCUAUGAACUUCAAGAUGCUGGUAUUGUUAAGACAUAUCCAAGAAAAACUUUUGAUUAUUUCAUUGGCGAACGGAAUCACUGUGCUUUUGAUAUCCUUAAUAUACAAAUGAAAGACACUCCGCCCUAUCAAGGUGAAAUUAAAGACGUUUUGAUGGAGUAUGUCCUUGGAAUGGGUCCUUUAAAUAUAACGAAACCUAAAUCAAUUUGUCUUGUUGGGCCAACAAAUAGUGGCAAAAAGCUUUUAUGUGAUAUUUUGGCCACUGAAAUUGAUGCUGUUGUGCUCGAUAUCAGUCCCGAAAACACUGUCCAAUAUCAAUCAAAUUUAAAAUACUUUCUACAUAUAAUAUUGAAAAUGGCCAAAAUCUUACAACCAACAAUACUCUUCCUUCGAGAUGUGCAUCGAGUGUUUUGGAAAAAAAUUCCUCCUGAAUUUGUCGAUUUAUGUCCAAGACUUUUACAAUCACAAUUAAAAAAAACAAUUUUGAAAUCCAUCAAAAAAGAAGACAAAGUUUUACUUCUUGGCACCACAGAUGCUCCAUGGACGGCAAAUGGAAAAAUGAAGAAAUUAUUUCAAAAAAUUCUUCUUGUUCCAAAAACUGAAUAUGCAACAAAUUUUAUUUUACGUCGAAAUGUUACUUUACAAUUUCCAGCCAUUCCACGAGAUUUUGAUUUUUCAGCUUUGACUCUGGUUACUCGGGAUUAUGUUUCUGGUGAUGUUAUGAAUAAUAUUGAAGAAGUUUUAAAUUUAAGACGUAGAAUGGAAUUGGUUAAGAGACCGCUAGAGCCAAUGGAGUUUUUAGAAAAUUUUUUGGAAAAAGAUAUUCCUGAAUUUCCAUUGGAAUUAAAGGUAUGGGAGAAAUUCAUAAAGUGGUACAGAAAAUCGAGUACGAUGGCCAAAAAACGUGCAAAAAUGAUAAAAUUGCAAGAAGAGUUGUUAGCAAGACAAAACAAAAAAUCCAAAACAAAAUAAAAUUUAAAAUUAAA